GCUUCUCCUGCAUUGGCCGAGAAAACUCACCAAUAGGGAGCUCCGGGAGGCGGGCCUAGAACGCCACCGACUUGAGGAAGCCCAGUACAUUUCAAGUUGGCCGCGGCGUGGGCUCCGCGUGGGGGAGGGGCAGCAGGUUUUUUCACUGGAUCUCUGAAUACCCAGGCCCCCUCCACCAUGGCCAGCCGGGGUGGGGGCCGGGGUCGUGGCCGGGGCCAGUUGACCUUCAACAUGGAGGCCGUGGGCAUUGGGAAAGGGGAUACUUUGCCCCCACCCACCCUGCAGCCUUCUCCACUCUUCCCUCCUUUGGAGUUCCGCCCAGUACCUUUGCCCUCAGGAGAGGAAGGGGAAUAUGUCCUGGCACUGAAGCAGGAGCUACGAGGAGCCAUGAGGCAGCUCCCCUACUUCAUCCGGCCAGCUGUCCCCAAGAGAGAUGUGGAGCGUUAUUCAGACAAAUAUCAGAUGUCAGGUCCGAUUGACAAUGCCAUCGAUUGGAACCCUGAUUGGCGGCGUCUACCCCGGGAGCUAAAGAUCCGAGUGCGGAAGCUACAGAAGGAACGGAUUACAAUUCUGCUCCCCAAGAGGCCCCCUAAGACCACAGAAGAUAAGGAGGAAACAAUACAGAAACUAGAGACCCUGGAGAAGAAGGAAGAAGAAGUAACUUCAGAGGAGGAUGAGGAGAAGGAAGAAGAAGAAGAGAAGGAAGAGGAGGAAGAAGAAGAGUAUGAUGAAGAAGAACAUGAAGAGGAAACUGAUUACAUCAUGUCAUAUUUUGACAAUGGCGAGGACUUUGGGGGUGACAGUGAUGACAAUAUGGACGAGGCUAUAUACUGAAGAAGGUCUCUGGACCCUUGUGUCUUUCUUGAGGCUACAGAGAGUAACUGUCCCUGUUAUUUGUUUUUUCGGACAAGCAAAUCAUUUGGUCAGAGUUCACAUAACCUGUCUGGUCCCUGGAGAUGGGAAUGGAGGAUGAUGACAGUUUAUUUUCUACGCUUCCCCUCCUUCCACGUUUGUAUCACCUCUGCUAUCUUGGGGAAAGUGCAAAGGACAAAUAUCUCAAUUGUAUGAAGGGAGAAAGGAGAAUUGAAAGAACUGGGGUUGUUAGAGCUGAGAUAACUGUACACAUACCCCUGCCCAAUUUGUAUAGCUCUUUGUGGAGAUAAUAGGGGUGGGAGCAGUUUGAAGGAGUAAGCCUGGUUUUAUACUUUUAAAUAAAGUGUUUUUAUCUGUCUC